UCCACAAGUUUCUUCAACAUCAAUAAUCCACGCAACAAACACCUGUGGAUUAGAGUUGUCACAAGCGUGGAAAAUUAUUGAUAUUUGACAAUAAUACAAGAUUAUAAGUGGCAUAAAAAAUUCUAUCAGUUCCUUGUCUUUAUUGGAUACAUAUUAGCACAUUUGAAGAACAUAAAAAUGUCUUCGCUGGUUGGAAAUUAUCAACACGAACGAAAUGAAAAUCUGAACGAGUACUUUAAAGCUGUUGGAGUACCAUACAUAGCUAGAAAAAUGAUGUCAAUGACAAGUCCUAGAUUGGAAAUUCAUAAAAGUGAUGAUGAUAAAUGGACCAUUCGAUCAAUUACAAUGUUUCGCACAUUAGAGUUGACAUUUAAAAUAGAAGAGGAAUUUGAAGAGGAAAUGCCUUCAGGAGUCAUUUUGAAGAAUACUGCCUAUUUAGAGAGCGAUGGUAGUAUUGUCAUAAAUUCUGUAGCUGAUAGUGGUACAAAAAUUUCAAGAAAGUAUGAAUGCAAAGAUGAUCAAAUAAUUUUGACAAUGACUCAUGAAGAGAGUGGACAAAUUGCUAAGCGUUACUUUACAAAAAUCCCAUAAAUAUAGAAUGUCUGCCGCUACCAGUUAUUUACUGCCAAUUUGCAUUGACAUGAUAAUCGACUGCUAAUUAUCAAUAUAUUUUUAAU